GGUAAAUCAAUAUUUUAUGUUUUGAAGGAUUACUUCAUUGAAAAAGCAAUUCCUUUAUCAAAUAUAAUAUCAGUAGCUACAGAUGGAGCACCUGCCAUGGCUGGACGUUAUCGUGGAUUUAUAAGCUAUUUAAAACAAAAUGUGUCAGGGGUGUUAGCAAUACAUUGCGUCCGAUUUGUUUACAAAAUUUAAUAUGGUUAAUUUGCAAUUACAAGGCGACAGUUUAAAUUUGAUUAAAACAAAGUCCAUCUUAUCAGCGUUUCUUGCCAGAGUUAAACUAAUGAAGCAAAAUAUUGAACGGGGCGAAUUUUCUCAGUUCCAAAAUUUGUCACAGACAAGGUGCCAGGAAGAGGACGUUUCAACUUACCUUCAACAUUUAAAUGCCCUCUAUUCAGAUUUUGAAUCUAGGUUUGAGGAUAUUUUGACUAUGGUAAUACCACUGUGUAUAAUUAAUCCAUAUGGUGACAUAGAAGAAACGAAUGUCAUAAUACAAGAGGAACUGACUGAACUAAGUACAAACUAAGAACUUAAGGUUCAGCUUAAAAACUGAUAUCAGCAAUUCUGGCUGCAUAACAACAUACCCGUUACUUAUCCCGUAUUAUGGAAUUUAGCGAGGAAAUUUUUAAUUUCCUUUCCAUCGUCAUACCUAGUGGAAAGGGGGUUCAGCGCUGUUACCAAUCUCCUAACGAAAAAAAGAAACAGACUGGACAUCAUUAGCCAAGGAGAUUUAAGAUUUACCCUUACAAAAUUGACGCCAAAUGUUGAUAAUUUAUUAUUAAAGCAUCAGGUUCAUCCUUCUCACCAAAAAUAUUGACUUAUUG